AUGUCAUGUGGACAAGUUGUGGCCGUGCUAAAGGAGAUGAACAUGGACCUAUACAACUACUGCUCAGAAUACUACACAAAGAAAAAAUGGCUAGAAACUUAUGCAGGAACAAUGUACCCAAUUGAACGCCAAAGCGAGUGGGAAGUACCACAAAACGUGAAAGACAUAAUAGUCUUGCCUUCGGUUGAAAGACUAAAAUCAGGAAGACCUAAAAAGAGGACAUGGGAAGCUGGCUGGGAGAAGAAGCAACAUAUCAAGUGCAACAAAUGUGGAGAUCUGGGGCACACCAAGAGAACAUGCAUUAGAAGGCAUCAACAAUAA